AAUAAAAUCGAGCCGUAUGUACUUCGAUCGUAACGAGAAAGACAUAUUCUUGCGGUAUUCUCUGUGGUGUUAAACUACCGUGAAAUCGCGUGGAUAAUUAAUUGCUUAACAAGUGUAUUCAACAGACAAAGAGACCAGAAGAGUAAGCAUGAUCGAUAAUCGUUUCGUGAGCAGAAGAAUGUCGUACAAUCUGACGAUCGGUCCAAACUGCUCGGGGCCCUACCUCGGGCCGAGCCUUGCCCAGGUCUGUCCAGGAUCGCAGUACUUGACCUUUAUGACGCUCUUGGAUGUACUUGUACGGUCUCAAGAAAGUAUAUCCCAAUCGUGCGAGCGUAUAAAGCCAAUAGAUCCGCCUGACUACUAUUACGACUUCAUCGUUGUGGGCGGAGGAUCAGCCGGUGCCGUGGUGGCGUCUCGACUGAGCGACAUACCCGAAUGGAAAGUUUUGUUGCUAGAAGCCGGCCCGGACGAGCCACCGGGUGCCGAUGUUCCCAGUAUGGUGGCAAUGUUUCUGGGAACUGACAUUGACUGGCAGUAUCAAACCACGAACGAGAUGAACGCUUGUCUGUCAACUGGCGGAUCCUGCAGUUGGCCGCGCGGUAAAAAUCUAGGCGGAACGUCCGUCCACAACGGUAUGAUGUAUAGCCGGGGUCACGCGAAAGAUUUUGACAAUUGGGCGGCUAUGGGAAAUCAUGGAUGGAGUUGGAACGACGUGCUGCCGUAUUUCAUGUGCUCCGAGAACAACACGGAGAUCAAUCGGGUGGGUCGCAAGUAUCACUCAACCGGCGGUUUGUUAACCGUCGAACGGUUUCCGUGGAAGCCUGCAAUCGCCGACGACAUCCUCGCGGCGGCGGCCGAGAGAGGCUAUCCGAUAAGCGAGGAUCUGAAUGGCGACCAAUUUACAGGAUUCUCCGUAGCACAAACCAACAGCAAAAAUGGCGUUCGAGUGAGUACCGCCGCGGCGUUUCUACGACCGAUCCGACACCGACGUAAUUUAAACAUCGCUCUAAACGCCACCGCCACGAAGAUCAUCGUCGAGAAUCAGAAGGCCGUUGGAGUCCAAUUUUAUCAAGGUGGUGAACUUCGAGUUGCCCGCGCCACAAAGGAAGUAAUCGCCUCCGGUGGUGCUGUAAAUUCGCCUCAACUGUUGCUGCUCUCUGGAAUCGGGCCGAAGGAACAUCUGCAGGCGGUGAACGUCACGGUCGUCAAGGAUCUUCCAGGUGUCGGGGAGAAUCUGCAUAAUCACGUGUCGUACACUUUAUCAUGGACUAUCGAUCAGCCGAAUCUGUACGACCUGAAUUGGGCGGUUGCCGCGGAAUAUGUCGCCUUUCAGAAAGGACCGAUGGCAUCGACGGGUUUGUCACAAUUGACCGCGAUGCUGCCGUCCAUUUACACGACUCCGGACCAUCCCGAUAUCCAGAUGUUCUUCGGCGGUUAUCAGGCGGCCUGCGCGACCGGUGACGUCGGCACCGUUAUAAACGACAACGGUCGCAGUAUCAGCAUAUCGCCGACAAUGACGCAACCACGUAGCAAGGGAAAUCUUCGUCUCGCGAGCAACGAUCCCCUCGCGAAGCCGAUCAUCCGGGGAAAUUAUCUGAGCGACCCGAUGGACGUGAAGGUCCUCGUCGAGGGUAUCGAGAUCGCGUUGUCUCUCGCCAGCACCAGUGCCAUGGCCAAGUACAACAUGACGCUAAGCAACAGACCGUCACCCGCGUGUUCCGCAUAUCCGUUCUUGAGCAAGGAAUACUGGGCCUGCGCCAUUCGUCAGGACACCGGUCCGGAGAAUCAUCAGGCAGGUUCCUGCAAGAUGGGACCGCCGAACGAUCCCAUGGCCGUUGUUGAUCACCGAUUGAGGGUUUAUGGCAUCAAAAAUCUCCGCGUGGCCGAUGCAUCCAUUAUGCCGCAGGUAACGUCCAGCAACACGGCAGCACCAUCCAUGAUGAUCGGCGAAAAGGCGGCCGCGUACAUCAAGUCCGACUGGGGCGUUGCCGGUACACAAUGUUCCCACACGACCAUCGACAGUUCACUGGAUCUAUUACUUUGGGGGAUCAAGUACAUCGACUGGGAUCAGGCUAUAUGGUAACCGGGCGUCCACGAUCUAUCUAGUCUCUUAUGACCCAUUUUCCGCAGCGCUUAAGAAGGUCGGCGUGAGCGCCACCGAGGACUCUUCGUAAGAUUCGAAAUUACAUCGCAACGUGCAAUUGUUGUCACUGAAGAGAGAGAGAGAGUCAUACAGCUGAAGACAAUCUCGCUAUAUCGCCAUGUUUUUAAUUUCCAGUUAAUAAUUUCCUAAGAUUGUGUGUCACAGAUAAUGUCCCGGCUCUCAAUAGAUCAAUUAUGAUCAAAUAGUCGCACAGUAAAGGCGCACAGAUCUCCGUACAAUUUACGAAUAUUGUUAUUGUUACGAUUAAUUAUUUAAAAUUUUCCUAUUGUCUAAUUAAUUAUGCGUACACUAUGUAUAGAGUUACAAAAAAGUUUAUGAUAUAACGUUCGUAUUAUAUUAAUAAUU